CGCAGCUGGGCAAAGAUGGCGGCGGGCUCCGAUUUGCUGGACGAUGUUUUCUUCAACACAGAGGUGGACGAAAAAGUAGUGAGUGAUCUCGUCGGAUCUCUCGAGUCCGAACUAACCGGAGCGAGGCACGUCAACGCCACCGCUGACGUCCCGCCGGCAGCGAAUCACGUCGGUAGCUCCAAUGAUCACGGCAGCAAAAUGGGACUUUCACAACAAGAGCUCGCGAAAGCAGGAGUGCAAGGAGGUGGAUUCACCGUGGACGGAGCAGCCGGGAACACUUCGAGCAUGACAGCCGCCCAGAGUGAGCCCAAGCCGGGCGCAGCCGGCGGAGUCGUCCCGGUGGUGUCCGGCGUCGGGAAACCCGGAACUGUCAACGUUCAAACUUUGAAUGGAAGUGCCGUGGUGAUGAACUGUCACAUCACCGGAGGCGGCGGGAACAACAACAACAACAACAAAUCGCAGCCGGCCGCCACGCCGAUUAACAACGGACCCGUUUCCCUGAGCAAAGGGAGCGAGACGGUUUUAACCGCAACACCAAGUGCCAUCGUCAGGACGUCGCCGGACGCUGCGAUUUCGUCCGUGAAAAGUGUGCCCACCGUCACGCUCGUGAGGCCACCUAUGCAAACCCCGCCCGCCGUCGGUGUUACCUGCGCGGCUGGCUCGCUGGCGCACAAACCCGACCCCGCGAAAACUAUCACGCAAACCGGUGCGCACGUCGUGGCUUCGGUCACCCGGAGCCCGACCGUGCUGCAGAACUUAAGGACUUCGGUGCCGUCGCCCAUCGCCGCCACCGUCGCCACCGUCACGCCUCCCGGAGGAAUACGAGCCAUCGCUCCGCAGGUGCUGGCCCCUCGGCUCGCGCAGGCGCAACCGAGCGCCCCGAACAUCCAGAACAUCCAGCUGCCUCCAGGCAUGGUCCUGGUUCGCAGUGAGAGUGGGCAGCUGCUGGUGAUUCACCAGCAGACCUUGGCUCAGAUGCAGGCUCAGUCGCAGUCCCAGAGCGCCAUGACACCACGACCCGCGGCCCCCACCAGCACUCCACCCGUCCAGAUCACUUCGCAUCAGGCUCCAGGCGCGUCGCUGCUGACUCGUCCGGUGACCCCCACCACCAUUAUUAAACAGGGCUCCACCGUCCAGACCACUGUGACGGCCACCACCACAUUGCAGAGGCCUCCGGUACAGCAGAACACCAUCAUGCUGGGAGGGACCGCCACCGCCCCGGGUCAGCCGCUGGGCACGCCCACCCCGAUGCAGCCCGGGGCUGCAGUCACGCAGAGGGCCGUCGCUCCAACAGCUGUCUCAGCUGAGACGCUGGAGAAUGUAAAAAAGUGUCGAAACUUUCUGUCCACGCUGAUCAAGUUGGCGUCCGGCGGCAAACAGUCCUCCGAGACGGCGGCCAACGUCAAGGAGCUGGUCAAGAACCUGCUGGAAGCGAAGAUAGAUCCCGAAGAUUUUACCAGCAGGUUGUACCGGGAGCUCAACUCCUCACCACAGCCGUACCUCGUGCCUUUCCUGAAGAGGAGUCUCCCCGCACUGCGUCAGAUGACCCCUGACCCAGAGGCCUUCAUCCAGCAGAGCCUGCUGCCUCUGCCCAGCACCACGGCGGCCGCCGCCUCCACCGCCCUCACCGCCGUGAUGCAGCGGCCGCCUCUCGCCGCUCCGGCCGCCGCCGUGCCCAAAACCACGGUUAUCAGCGUCAGUCAGACGCCUCCCAGUAAACAGAUGGUGGCCCAGCAACACGGGACGAUGGUGAGGCCACAGGUGACGCUGGCUCAGUCUCCCAUGGUAACGCUCAGGGGGCAAUCGCACAGCCGCAUCAUCGUGGGCCAUCCGCAGGUGGUCAAGCAGCUGCCGACAGCCAUGAAGCAGACAUUGGCUCCGGGGGCGAGAGGAGUGCAAGUGGUCAGUCAGACCUCUCUCGCCGCGGCUCAGAGGAACCGGCUGAAGGAAGCAGGAGCGGCAGCCUUCAGGGACGACGAUGACAUCAACGACGUGGCCUCCAUGGCGGGAGUCAACUUGUCGGAGGAGAGCGCCCGUAUCUUAGCAACCAACUCUGCGCUCGUUGGCACGGUGACUCGCUCCUGUAAGGACGAGGCCUUCCUCGCCACCUCUUUGCUCACCCGGCGAGCUCUGGAGAUCGGUAAGAAGUUUGGCGUCGGCGAGCUGGGCGCCGAUGUCAUCAACUUCAUUUCCCACGCCGCGCAGCAGCGGCUGCAAAGCCUGCUGGAGAAAGUGUCUCAAGUGGCGCUGCAGAAGAACACGACCUUCAAGGAGGACGCGCGCUGGGAGCAGGUCAGCGACGUGCGGUCCCAGCUCCGGUUCUUCGAGCAGCUGGACCAGAUGGAGAAGCAGCGGAAGGAAGAGCAGGAGAGGGAGAUCCUCCUGAAGGCCGCCAAGUCCCGGUCGCGGCAAGAAGACCCCGAGCAGCUCCGACUGAAGCAGAAGGCCAAAGAGGCGAGUAGACGGCGUUUCCGUGUUUUCCGUCGCCUCUUCUUUCUUUCUGUUUUUGACGGCGAGUCGGGCCCGCGGGACUUCAUCUGUGCGUCGCCGCUCGUGUUUUCCAGAUGCAGCAGCUGGAGCUGGCCCAGAUCAGACAGCGGGAGGCCAACUUCACGGCGCUGGCGGCAAUCGGCCCCAGAAAAAAGCGGAAAAUGGACUCUCCCGUUAGCGGCGCCAGUGCAGAGGGCUCGGGGUCGGACCCCUCUCAGCCGGGAGGCUCCGACGCGGCGGGCUCCAGGCAGCUGGUGCGACAUCGCAUCACCAGAGUCAACCUCAAGGACCUGCUCUUCUGCCUGGAGAACGAGCGGGAGACCAGCCGCUCGCAGCUGCUCUACAAAGGCUUCCUCAAAUGACCCCUCCCCCGCCCCGAGGCGGCGGCGGCUCGGACCCGUUCUGCCGCGUCUUUCUCUUUUUAUCGCCCGAGAAAAAACAAAAGCCACGAGUACCCGAAGAACCUGAUUUUACCGAACCUUUUAAGUCCGGUUUUUAACGCCCGCGGAUUUAUUUUUAUUUUUAUAGAAACUAAUCUCGACGAGCCUUCGUCGUCUGCUGAGUUGCCUUCUUGACAAAUUAAGCCAUAUGGGUUAGAGCGCGUCCAUCGGCUUCGGUACCGCCGUCCACCCAGCGGUUCUCUCCGGACGUGCGCUUCGAUGCUUCGUCUCGGGCUCGAUUUUGGAAACGGGAAGUGGCGCUUCACGGUGGUGUGCACGGCGGCGUUUUCACUGGCUACGGCGACGGCUACGAUCCCAUCCUUCAGAUUCAGAUUCAAGCACAUUCAUAAAGACACGCAUGUGCUUUACAUCCCCGUCCAUCGUCCCUGAAGCACACCGCACUGGUCGAGAGUUGAGAUUUGACGAUGUAGAAUUCGAUUUAAAGGGACAGUACCGUCCUUCGCGCUGAACAACAACCGCUCCAAAGUAAUCUCAGUUUCCCGCUCUUUUCUCGGCACACACAGAUUUCUAAAGUCUGCAGAGCAUCUGGUGUCAAACUGGCGGCGAGCUCUUUGUCUGCGCAUCUCGAAAAUCCAAGAAUAGCGAAAGAUUGACAUUUAUGAAAAAACAAUCGUGCGGCGUCGCCGUUUCUCUUCUCAUAAAUGCCCCCCAUAGAGCUGCAGACUUCCCGCGUACCGGUGCGUUAAUGUGCGGGUUACGCUUCGACUCCUUUUGGCCUCCAUGUUCACUGCCAUGGAUGUGGAGCUCAUUUCAGGCGUUGCUUUUUUGCCCCAAUAGGAAAAAUAUAUGGAUUGAUAAAUGGAUAAAAGACAUUGUAAGUUAUUCAUGUUUAGUAACCUGGCUGCGUAGCGCAUAGGCUAUAUAAUGUGAACUUUAAAUAAUUGAGGUUGGAGAGAUUUAUCCCAGUAAUAUUAUUGAUUGCAGUGAUUCACACACACAUUUUCCUCAGUUGUAUGUCGAUAUUUUUCAUAUUUAUGAAUAAAGGAGUGUGGGGUAAACGUGGGCGUGACGUGCAGAACGACGGCUGCACUUUGACAGAUCACUUUUCUAAAAAGACCCACUUUAUAAUGUUUUUUGUAUUUUUUUGCGCACAUACUAAUAUUGGUCUUUCUACCGUUGUCGUUUUAUGAAAAUGUUUUCCUGGCAAAUUUUAUUACUGUAUAUAUUUUAAGUUUGCUGUUUGUAGGUUUAUCAGUUCAAAUUGGGCACGUUUGUCUUAUUACUCGUGGGAAAUAAGACACGCGUGUGAUACUUUAUUGCCGAUAUCUUGUACAUUUUGCACAGCCACUUGUUUAUAUGUAAAUAUCUGAAUAAAAUGUAAAAAAAUAAAUGUUUUUAAACUGCUAUUUUAUAAUGGAUUGAAAGAGAAUGAUCUCGAAUAAAACCAAAACAACAACAACAACAAAUA